AUGGCAACAGAAAACCUGUUGGCGGCGGCAAGACGGGUUUGGACAGAAGUCUCGACAGACAUCAAGGCAGCUGAUGAGCCGAAAGAGGGCACAUUGCUGCCAGUGGACGAACUGAAGAAGGUGUCCAAAUAUCUGCAACACACGCUGACGAAAUUUGGUGCGUCGGCCACUGCUGUUGCAAAUGCAGAGGAGGCGCAGAAAGGUCUUACACCAAUUGCGCAGGAGGUGGUCAAAGCAUACACCGCCGCUGCGGGAACCUUGAUGUCCUUGACUGGUGGAGCAGGCAAAUGCUUGGCAGCAGAACUCCAGGAUGCUGGGGGUGGCCUGGCAGACGCCUUGGAGGCACUGGGCAAGGCUGUUUUGACUCCGGGCCUUGCCGCUAGCGCAGCGAAGGCCCUGCAAACUGCCAGUAACUUUGAGCGCAUCUCCACGCAGAACCGAGCGGCCAUCCGGAGGCGAUUGCUAAAGAGCUUGGCGAUGCUCCGCGAUGCGAACCGUGAGAUGCAGGAGGAGCUAGAAAAUGCCGACAAGAAGAAACCCGACGCGGUGGAAGUCAUCAGUGGCGACGAGGAGCUGCUGGAGGAUGAGGACGACUUGUGCAGCGCCUUUCAGGAAGCCAUGCUCCCUGCCGAGAGGCAUAUCCUGGAAUGCGUGUUGAAGAUGUCCACACAGCUGGAGGAUGUCCUCAAAGAGGCAUCCACGUCCUGCAUUGCAACCAGCGAGACGCCUGCAAGCCUCGACCUGGCCAGAUUGGAGGCCAUCGCCGAGCAAGCGACGCUGGUACCUGGCGCGAUCGACACCCUUGCAGCUGAUUGCGUUGGCGGAGUCGAUAUAGAGGCUUGCAACGGCAGCCUCGAAAAGCUUCGGCAGGCAGUGCCUGUGUUCAUCAAACACUACCCGGGUGGUGCGGCAGACUCGCUGGUGCCCCUGCUGGACGAAACGCAGGCAGAGCAUUGCAAGCACCUCGCAGGUCCGUCUUACGAAAUCGGUCGCAGGGAAAUGUAG